ACGAAGAUGAUGAUGAUGAUGAUGAUGAUGAUGAUGAUGAUGAUGAUGAUGAUGAUGAUGAUGAUGAUGAUGAUGAUGAUGAUGAUGAUGAUGAUGAUGAUGAUGAUGAUGAUGAUGAUGAUGAUGAUGAUGAUGAUGAUGAUGAUGAUGAUGAUGAUGAUGACGAUGAUGAUGAUGAUGAUGAUGAUGAUGAUGAUGAUGAUGAUGAUGAUGAUGUGGUUUAUGAAGAGUGCU